CCCACGCUACCUGCCAACUCUCACUGAGCGUCGCAGGUACCAGAGUCACCAAAUGUCUUCCAUCACUCUGACGUACUUUGACAUCCCGGGGCCUGCGGAGGCGAUUAGGCUCGCUUUCUACGUGGGCGGCAUACCGUUCAAGGACCGAAGAGUUUCGCGGCAAGAGUUCGCGAAAAUCAAACGAGACCUUCCGUUCGCCCAGCUACCAAUCCUAACGGUGGAUGAUGAGGUCUUUCCCCAGAGCGCUGCGAUUCUCCGAUACGCUGGAAAAAUCGGUGGACUGUAUCCUUCGGACCCGAUUGCAGCAGCCAAAGUGGAUGCCGUAAUCGAUUGCAUGUUCGACAUCCAGGCCGCUAUCCGACCGUCAAUUUACGAGACGAACGCACAGCGCAAGCUGAGCAUGCGAAAGGAGCUCUCGGAGGUGACUCUGCCGCUGUGGUUGCAAUACCUCGAGCGAUGGCUGGAGCGCGCAGGAACCACGUUCUUCGUCGGAGAAGAGAUCACCAUCUGCGACCUCGUCAUCUAUACAAGGAUGAAGUGGUUGAGGCGCGGGGUGCUCGUCGGGAUCCCCGACACAAUACUGCGAAACUUCCGGAGGGUUCGCGCUCACUCCGAAGCGGUUGCCAGCCACCCGAAGGUCGACGACUACUACAAGAACGGGCCAGGAAAGGUCACUGGAGACGGUUCACCCCCCAUCCCGCCCUCUCCUCCGCACUCUCCGCUUACGCCGAUAACGCUGCCUAGCAAUGGCGACUAGACACCCUUGACGCCAAUCGUCGCGCAUUUUGGAGGCUAAAGCAGUAGUGCGUUGCGGAAGACUCGAGUACCUUGUUAACGUCAAGGAACCGAGGGUAGCAGAAUGCUGCAGGUGUCACUGAGUUCCCGCAAGGAACGAAAGCGACUGGCCACAUUGCGUUACUUAUCUUAGAGAGGCGAAUGAGUGCGUCGAUUUUUGGUGGAGGAGCCGGCUGCGAUGGCGUUUUUGGUAGGUUCGAUGAGUCCCUCGGCCACGCCACGUGCUCAGCUUGUACGGGUUUCUGUCAGUUUUGCUGUUCGUGGAAGUAUUUGCACCGCAGCUUGCUCUGUCUCGGUUUGUGUCCCACGAAAAGAUGUAGAAGUAUGCGCAAGCUCCCUGCACUUGUGGGGCCCGGCCGUGUUGUAGCGUCGCUGCGUGGUGUUGGAAACGUACACGUUGUAGAAAUUAGGUACGUUCGUGUAUUUGGUGGGACGACAAGCGUCUCUGCUAGGUGCACGAUGCUUGGUACGUAUGUGUUAUAGAAUAUCACAGACAAGGUCUAAGUCCGGAAGUGUCGGAUGGUAUGGUGUACUGCCCCGGGACGACCACGGGCAAGAUCUACGAGGCUCCUCUUCGGGAGUUUAGUGACUUGCCUCCUGGGGGCGACGCAAGAGGACAUGGCCAAUGUUAUCACGGUUGUAUCGCGGCAUCUCAGUGUUCGGGGGUGCCGGAUUUCCGUACAAACUCCAGUAUUAAUGUGCUGGAAUUAUUUUUUCUCACCGCGACUUUUCGCUUUUGCGUCAGUGUGUUGUUUGGGGCUAGCGGCUUCCCUGCCGCAGAUCCUACCGCUGGAACCCGCUGCGUUUGAUCGCGUGGCUCGUGUGUAGCGUGUUGCUCAUGGUCUCAUGGUGUGUGGGAACGUGUGUGCGUUGCGCAGUAAUAAAAAGGUUUCCUGUUU